AGGGCGAAGGACAUCAUCGAGGCAGCCAAGAAGGAGCGCGUCAAGAAGCUCCGGCAGGCCGCCCAGGCCGCGGAGGACGAUCUGAGGUCUUUCCGCGAGGAGCAGCAGAGGCUGUACGAGGCGAAGGCGAAUUCGACGCAGGACAACGACGCGAUGAGGGAGCUCCAGCAGAAGACGCGGGCAGAGAUCGACAUGGUGCGCUCGGACUACGAGAGCAACAAGGACAAGACCAUCAAGUACGUCGUGGAGAAGGUGCUGGACGUGCCGACCACGCUGACGGAGACGCAGAGCAUGUCGCUGAGCGCGGGCUCCGUAUGA